AUGGACAUCGAACAAUUCAGGAAGGCCGGUUAUGCGGCCAUUGACGCCAUCUGUGACUACUAUCAGAACAUCCAGGAUCUUCCCGUCAAGUCCGAAGUCAAGCCUGGGUAUCUCUUGGACAAGCUGCCGGACGAAGCUCCAGUCAAGGGCGAGCCUUUCGACCAGAUUGCCGCGUCUUUUAAGAGCGAUGUCCUUCCAGGUAUCACUCAUUGGCAAUCUCCCAACUUCUAUGCCUACUUCCCUGCCAACUCUACAUUUGAGAGUAUGAUUGCCGACCUCUACGCUGCGAGCGUGAGCAACCCCGGUUUCAAUUGGAUAUGCUCACCCGCAUCAACAGAGCUGGAGCAGGUCGUAGUCGACUGGGCCGCCAAGAUGUUUGGCCUUUCGCCCGUUUUCCUCUCCAGCUCCAAAAUCGGUGGCGGUGUCAUACAGGGGUCGGCCUCGGAAGCCGCCUUGACAGCAGCGAUGGCUGCUCGUGAGCGCGCUUUGCGUCACCUGACUCAUGGUGGCAAACAAGGCGCGAACGGGGACAUCGUGGUCCCCGACGAGGUCAGGCAAAAGUAUGGGCAGAAGCUCGUCAUGUACGGCAGUACCCAGACUCAUAGUCUUGGUGCUAAGGCGGCGAUCUUGCUAGGAUUGACUUUUAGGGCUGUCCCGGUCUCUGCCGAAGAUGACUUUGCGCUCAGAGGUGAUGCUCUGAGAGAGGCGGUGGAGGAGGAUAAGAAGGCUGGACUGGUCCCUUUCUUUGUCGUCGGUACUGUUGGUACGACAUCUUCAGGCGCGGUAGACAGAAUCGCCGAGAUCGGCCAGGUCUUGAAAGAGAACCCUACCAUGUUCUUGCAUGUCGACGCGGCCUGGGCCGGCGUAGCUUAUGCGUUGCCGGAGCACCGUGCUCAGCUUCGUUUGGAUGAGGUGAACGAGCACGCUGGCUCUUUCGCUACUAAUAUGCACAAGUGGGGUCUCGUCACCUUUGACUGCACUCUCCUCUAUGUGAGAGACAGGCAUGACCUCACCCAGACAUUCGACGUCACACCCAUUUUCUUGAGGAGCAAAGAAGCAGACGCAGGCGAAGUGGUCGACUAUCGGAACUGGCAGAUCGCCCUCGGUAGACGAUUCCGAAGCCUGAAAAUGUGGUUUGUGCUCAGGAGUUAUGGUGUGGAAGGGUUCCAGGCGCAUCUUCGACGUAGUAUCUCGCAUUGUCAAGCGCUCGCUGAAGCUAUCCGCGCCUCGCCCAAUUUCGAGCUCGUCACCCAACCUCAGCUCGGUCUCCUCACUUUCCGCCUCGUCCCUGCCACUCCUUCCCAGACUUUGACCGAAGUCACCCUCAACAAGCUAAACCGAGCAUUUUACACCGAGCUCGAUCACAGAAACGAUAUCUUCUUGACGCAGACCGCUUUGAAGAGCAAAGAGGGCAGCCUUGUGCAUUGUGUGAGGUUUGCUAUUGGUGGGGUGCAUACGAAGGUGGAGGAUGUUUUGGGCACUUGGAAUAUCUUGGAGCAGGUGGGGGAGAAGAAGCUGAAGGAGUACAAGCUGUGA